CCAACACGUAUAUCACUGCCCAUUAAUAUUUUCUUUUUCUUACUAGAACUAUAAAUUAAAGUACACAUAAAAAAAAUCUCCAUAAACAUAUUUCAGUAGAAAAAUUACAAUAUACUUAUUAGAAUUAGAGUUUAAAUCUAAAAUCUUUUACUUAUUUUUUUUUUUUUUUUUGGAAUCAAAUUUUACUUAUUUAUUUUAAAGAAGGUAAAAUUUUAACUAGUGUGUCACAAAAACGAGAAGUACGAAAAAGAAAAUAAAAAGAUAAAUUAGCGAUAAUUUUUUAUAUUUUAACAAUAUAAAAAGUUUUACACUAUUAAUUUACAACAAUUAUAAAAUAGACGACUUAAUAGAAGUAAAAUAAAUAAAAUACAAUUAAAUUAUUUAAAUUAACAACUCUCAUCUUUGCUGAAAUAUAUGUAUAUAUAAUUAUGUAACAAUUCAUGUAAAGGUGUAAAAUGAUUUUUUUUUCUUGAAGAAAAUAAAGGUGUAAAAUGAUGAUUAAUAUAAUUUUAAUAAAAAAAAUUAUUCUUUUAGAAAAUAUUAUAGGCCAUACUAUAAGAUAAUUUUAUAUUAGUUAUUUCAAGAUGUGCUCAUAUAAUAAUAUAGAACAUAAACUCAAAUACAUUAGAAGACAUCAACAAUAGUUAGAAAAAAGAAAAAGUAGAGCUUCUUCUUAACAAAACUUCAUCACAAUUUUUUUUACAUUAUAAAAAAAAAAGUAUAAUUCAUCCAUUUUUCAAUAGGAAAGUUCUUCAACAAAUCUAGAACUGGAUCUAUCUACCAAAUCAUAGAUAGCAUGGCUUAUUCUAUGAAUCAACAAAGCUUAUUGCUUUGUUCUUCACUUCUUCUCUUCAUGGCUAUCUCUGUUUCUUCUUUUCAUCCAACUUUUCUUCCUAAUGCUAUUUUUGAUUCUAAGAUGCUUACUGGUCGGCAUCUUCUUCAAGCUCAAAAAGGCUGUUCUGUGAAUUUCGAGUUUCUAAACUACACAAUAAUCACAAGCAAAUGCAAAGGACCUAAUUACCCUUCCAAGGAAUGUUGUGCAUCAUUUAAAGAGUUUGCUUGUCCUUAUGCUGACGUGAUAAAUGAUUUAACAAACGUUUGUGCCUCAACCAUGUUUAGCUACAUUAAUCUUUAUGGAAAAUACCCUCCUGGCCUCUUUGCUAGUGAGUGUCGUGAAGGGAAGGAAGGUCUAGAUUGUGGUGCAUUGCCGCCAUCUGUGUCGGCUGAUGACACCGCAAAUCAAAUCGUACAUAGUCCAUCUCUACUGCUGAUGCUCACAGCCUGCGUCUUCUUAAUCUUGUUAUUCUGAUAUCUUAAUAUCUUAACUUCAAUUCAUUUGUUGCAUUGUGUUGUUGUAUUAUCGGUGAACACAUUUUUUUAUGACACGUUCGAUGAAUCUUGAGCAUGUACUUAUAUAUAGUUACCACUUAAUACAGUCCAGCUAUGUUGUAUUUUAGUGUUUAGAGAUUGCAAGUUUUUGUUGGAGCUUGUAUUCUCUGCAGAAUGAAGAACAAUUUUCCAUAGAAUUGGCUUUGUGUGAAUGUGAAAGACCAAACAAUGAAUGUUGUAUUGUGUUAAUUUUUGAGAA